AUGGAGAACCGAGUGUCUCUCGGCUCUAUCCAAAAGGCCGUCUGGGACGGGCGUUUGCCACUGGAGAUUGUUCUAGCUUCAUCAGAAAGUCGAACCUUUGACAAAACGGAUCCAUAUCUUUGGCACUACCCAGUCGGGUUGUUAUUCGACCUCUAUGCAGGGGUAGACCCGGCCUCAAAGACCGCCGCCAGAGAUAACGAGUCUCCUGGUGACGGGUCAUCGCUGCCCUGGCGUCUGAUAGUGCACUUUAGCGAUUGGCCUCCUGACCUUGUUCGGCUUGAUGCUGAUGGAAUGGUCAUGAACGACGCCUUCAUAAACAGUGUGAAAGAGGCGGAUUUCCUACGAAACGGUACAGCCAAAGGCAUCAUGAGUCUCUCAAAAGAAGACUCAUCAGGACUUUGGAAUGCCGUUCAAGAAGUCGAUAUUCUUUCCUUUCAGCGCAUAUCAAAUAUCCUUCUUCCUCAGCUGUCACAACCUUUCCGCAAUGUCCCUAUCCGGAUUUUCUUACCACUCCUACCUGAUGCCGGGUCUUCUUCCCUUAAAGUGGUACAAUCGCCACUUCCUCCUUCAAUACCAGCGUCGAGUAUGCAAUCGAGUCAAAUGCUGAGCUCGCGGAGCGGUUCCACCCUCCAGCCUCAAACUGUCGGGACUGUCUUGCACACCUUGCUGCCAAAUUUAUUUCCCAGUCGGAGAACCCCUGUCCUUGCAAAGCCCGUAUUACACGGUGCUGUGAUACCGAUGUCUGCCCCGAUCGAGGAGGUUGUGAGGAGCUCUGCUUAUGGAGAUGGGUGGGCAUAUAUAGUCGUUCGCAUGAUGGGCUGA